AUGGAGUCUCCGCCUCGAGCACGCACCGACGACGACGACGCCCCGCCCACGGACUGGCUGGGCGAGCUGCCGCCGGAGCUGCACCUCCGCAUCCUCGAGGGCGUCGACGACUUCUCCGACUGCGCCGCCUUAAGCCUCGCGUCGCCGCGCCUCGGCCUCCUCGCCCUGCGCAGCGGCCUGGCGCGCUUCAAGGACCCUCUCUUCGCCGUGGCGAUGCGGCUGCUUCUCAUCGAGCGCUUGAUUGCCGGAUACCACUUCCCGUGGCUUGCGAGGGUGAGCCCGGCACGCUGCCUCUCGUCGGAAGUGACGGGUGCUGGCGUGAGUCGCGCCGAAUACUGGAGACUGCGGCGCGGCGAAAAGAAUGGCGCGAAUCUGCGGCGACGCCUCUUGCAGUCCGGCCAGGUGCAGCACUACGAGGGCGAGCGAGGCGCGGAGCGGAUGGUGCGCUUGGUGCUUCCCAGCAACGUGGUGCACUACGAGGGCGAGCAAGACGCGGAGCGGGUGGUGCGCAGGGAGUUCGCCGACGGCACUGUGCAGCACUUCGAGGGCGAGCAAGGUGCGGAGCGGGUGGUGCGCAGGGAGUUUGCCGACGGCACUGUGCAGCACUUCGAGGGCGAGCGAGGUGCGGAGCGGGUGGUGCGCAUGGAGCGUGCCAAUGGCGCCGUGCAGCACUUCGAGGGCGAGCAAGGUGCGGAGCGGACGGUGCGCAUGGAGACUGCCAGCGGCAUCGUGCAGUACUACGAGGGCGAGCGAGGUGCGGAGCGGGUGGUGCGCAUGGAGUUUCCCGCGGCAACGUGCAGCACUACGAGGGAGAGCGAGAUGGGGAGCGGAUGGUGCGCGUCGACGCCGCCUCGGGUCUAA